AUGGGUAAAGAGGAAACAAACAGAUUCCCAAACCUCGACUCCUUCUACUUUUCCGGCAAGCGAAAUAUCCCCGAUGUCAUUGAUCUUUCCGAUGAAGACGAUGACGACGACAUUAAAAUAAUCAAUUUAAUUCCCAACAAUACCUAUUUGGGAACACGUAAAAGAAACAGCAACUUUGAAGGAGAGUGUUCAUAUUCAAAAGGCGGGUGGUUUUUUUGCAAACUCUGUAUGGAUAAUAAAACGAUGGGGGACGCUUUCUACAUCAAUGGUUGCACCGACGCUUAUUGCUCUGAUUGUGUGGCGAAGUACAUCCGUUCAAAACUUGACGAUAACAUUAUUAACAUUCGGUGUCCAUCAUUCUGGUGUGAAUCAGGUACGUUAGAAACAGGGUUUUGCCGUUCGAUUCUUCCAACUGAGGAUUUUAAACGAUGGGAUAAGGCGGUGUGCGAGGUUUUGUUCAAUAUUACGGAGAAAUUCUAUUGUCCCUUUGUAGACUGUUCUGCUCUUUUGAUCAAUGAUGGAACGGAGCCUGUUAGGAAUUUAGAAUGUCCUAAUUGUAAUAGGAUGCUCUGUGGACUGUGUAAGGUUCGAUCUCAUGAAGGAUUCGGAUGCAGCGAGUUCGAGAAACUGAAGAGGGACGAUAAGGGGAAAGCUGUUAUACUGGCUAACAUUGCGGAAGAUAUGAGGUGGAGACAAUGUCCCAAGUGCAGUGAGUAUGUUGCCAAAUCUGGGGGCUGCAACAUCAUGACAUGCAGGUUUCUUUCUAGUUAA